GGUUUUUACUUUCGGUAUGUCUGGACGUGGCAAGCAAGGGGCCAAAGCUCGCGCCAAGGCCAAGACUCGCUCCUCGCGGGCCGGGCUCCAGUUCCCCGUGGGCCGAGUGCACCGCCUCCUUCGCAAGGGCAACUACUCCGAGCGAGUCGGGGCCGGCGCGCCGGUGUACCUGGCGGCGGUGCUGGAGUACCUGACGGCCGAGAUCCUGGAGCUGGCAGGCAACGCGGCCCGCGACAACAAGAAGACGCGUAUCAUCCCGCGCCACCUGCAGCUGGCCAUCCGCAACGACGAGGAGCUCAACAAGCUGCUGGGUAAAGUCACUAUUGCUCAGGGCGGCGUUCUGCCGAACAUCCAGGCGGUGCUGCUGCCCAAAAAGACCGAGAGCCACCACAAGACCAAGGGCAAGUAGAAGUGGUCCAGUGGUAAAGAAUCCGCCUUCCAAUUGAGGGGACG